AUGCUUCUUCAAACGGCGCUUGUAGCGCUCGGCGCUACCCUCGCCGCUGCCGUUCAGCCUCUCGAGGUUCAGGACCAGUUCUUUGUCAACCCCAAGACCGGCAACCGCUUCCAGAUUGUCGGCGUCGCCUACCAGCCCGGCGGUUCUGCCGGCUACGACGAGGCCUCGGGCCGUGACCCCCUGAGCGACCCCGAUAUCUGCCUGCGCGAUGCCGCUCUCCUCCAGAUUCUCGGUGUCAACACCAUCCGUGUGUACAACGUGAACCCCAACGUCAACCACGACAAGUGCGCCAGCAUCUUCAACGCCGCCGGCAUGUACAUGGUCCUGGACGUCAACUCUCCCCUCGUCGGCGAGUCCCUGACCAGCUACCACCCCUGGGAGUCGUACUAUGCCGCCUACCUGAACCGCACCUUCGCCGUCGUCGAGGCGUUCAAGGACUACCCCAACACCCUGGCCUUCUUCUCCGGCAACGAGGUUCUCAAUAACGAAGAGACCGGCGCCGAUGUUCCCCCGUAUGUCCGCGCCGUCACCCGCGACAUCAAGAACUACGUCAAGAAGCACUCCACCCGCCCCAUCCCCGUCGGUUACUCCGCUGCCGAUGUCCGUGACAUCCUCUUCGACACCUACAACUACUUCCAGUGCACCCUCGACGGCGACGACGGCAACAUGAGCCGCGGCGACAUCUUCGCCCUGAACAGCUACAGCUGGUGCGGCGACAGCAACUUCAAGAAGGCCAAGUACGACGAGCUCGUCAACGGCUUCAAGGGCAACGCCGUCCCCAUCUUCUUCUCUGAAUACGGCUGCAACACUCCGUCCCCGCGCAUCUUCACCGAAGUCUCCACCAUCUACGGCAACCAAAUGACCGACGUCUUCUCCGGCGGCGUCGUCUACGAGUACACCCAGGAGGACAACAACUUCGGUCUGGUCAGCAUGAAGACCGACGGGUCCGCCCAGCUCCGCACCGACUACGACGACCUCAAGAAGCAGUACGGCAAGCUCGACUUCACCACCAUCCAGGCGCAAAAGGCCCCCUCGUCUUCCAACAAGGCCCCCGUCUGCGACGAGAAGCUCAUCACCACCAAGGGCUUCAACAGCAACUUCACCCUGCCCGUCCCGCCCCCUGGUGCUCAGGCCCUUAUUGACGACGGCAUCAAGCAUGCCCCCAAGGGCCAGAUUGUCAAGAUUGAUAACUGGAAGGUCAAGUUUACUGUGAAGAACUCGGAUGGCUCUGUCAUCACCAACCUGGCCGUUAAGCCCCUCGCCGACGAUACCAUCAACAGCCCCGGUAGCAACACGGGCUCUGGCACCUCCGGCGGCGGCAGCGGUACCGGCACCGGCGAGCCCGACGCCACCCCGAGCGACGACGCGGCGCCCAUCACCGGCGCUGGUGUGGUCUCUGCUGCGGCUAUGAGCAUCUUUGCUGUCCUUGGUGCUUUUAUCAUGUAA